CGAACAGCUGUUCGUGAAUUACACGUGCAAGCUUACUACAUUUCACAAUUGUUAUUAAUACAAAAAGUUGGAUACAAAGCUUCAAAAAUAUACUUAAAAACCUUCAAAUUCGCAAUUAGUAUUACACCUUGCUUUCACUCAAACAAUGACUGAUGCACACAAAUAUAGCGAUCCAGAGGAGGACGAGGAAGACUUGAAAGCUUCUGAGUGGGUUCAAGACUUUAAAUCCCUCACAGUGGAACACGAUAUUUUCAAGAAUAUCAAACUAAGCGAAAAAAAUGCGAGCGAUGAACUUAGCCAAAAAGUUUUAGAGGAUGUAAAUCUUGCUGAAGAAACUGAUUCAGAUUAUGCCGAUGAAGAUGAAGACGAUGCCUAUGAUAUUGGUGACGACUACGAUGCAUACGAGGAAUCCUACAGUGGUUUCAACAAGCACAACGUUCAACCGCAGCUUACUACAACUGGUAGUAACAACAUGGGCAGCAGCUCAGGAGGGGCAGGAAGCGGCACACAGCGCGUGAGCAGUUACCAGCCAAAUGAAAAACUAUUGCGUCGUUACUCGGCACGCAUAAAUGUAGAGAAAUAUGAUCCGAACGCCAAUAUGAGCGCACAGGCGGCCAACCGCCUUGUGAGCUUCGAUCGUCGUCAGGAGACAGAGCGUGUACGAGUGCGAGAUAAGCAUGAUCGAGCGACGGCAGAGCAGGUUAUGGAUCCUCGCACGAGAAUGAUACUCUUCAAACUGCUUAACCGGGGUCUUAUUCAAGAAAUCAACGGCUGCAUAUCCACCGGAAAGGAGGCUAACGUCUACCAUGCAGUCUCCAAGAAUGGGGAAGAUGAGUAUGCCAUUAAGAUCUACAAGACGUCCAUACUUGUGUUCAAGGAUCGCGACAAGUAUGUCUCUGGCGAGUUUCGCUUCCGUCAUGGCUACUGCAAGCACAAUCCUCGUAAGAUGGUACGGACCUGGGCCGAGAAAGAAAUGCGUAACUAUCUGCGCAUGCGCAAUGCUGGGGUACCCGUUCCUGAGCCUAUUCUACUGCGCUCGCAUGUGUUGGUAAUGCGGUUCUGCGGUCGCGAUGGCUGGCCAGCACCAAAGUUAAAGGACGUGGAGAUCAGCACUUCGAAGGCACGUGAGCUUUACCGCGACUGUGUGGUCAUCAUGUGGCGUAUUUAUAAUCAAUGCCGUCUGGUACAUGCUGAUCUCUCAGAGUUCAAUAUACUGUUUCAAGACGGUCAACUGGUGAUCAUUGACGUGAGCCAAGCGGUCGAACAUGAUCAUCCACAUGCAUUCGACUUUCUACGCAAAGACUGCACCAAUAUCUCGGAAUUCUUUCGCAAGAAGUCAGUGGCCACCAUGACGGUGAAAGAGCUAUUCGACUUCAUCACGGACCAAACCAUAAACGAGGAGAAUAUGGAGGAAUGCUUAGAACGUAUUUCAGAACGUAUCAAGGAUCGGGACUUUGAUGCCAUCACAGCUCAAGAAAAGAUCGACGAAGCCGUUUGGCAAAAUACCUACAUUCCCAAACGCCUCGAUGAGGUGCCUCAUUUUGAGCGGGAUGUGACGAAAGCCAAACAGGGUGUCCAGCAAGAUCUUGUAUAUGCGAAAAUCACAGGUCUAACCUCAGCAUUAGACGUGCAGAAAACUCCAGAUAUUUUGGAUGCAGAUAGUAAAAGUGCGGGAAGUGAACACCAAACGAGUGAUAACGAAAGCGAUGAUUCUCAGGAUGCAGAUGAUACGUCGAAGUUUAAAAACUCGGCGCGGCCACGUGACGAGUCCCCUGAAAGCAAAAAGGCACGUAAAAAAGCUGUUAAGGACGCCAAGGCUGAACAGCGAAAGGUCAAAGUAAAGAAGCAUGUGAAGAAACGCAAGGAAAAAAUCGGCACCAUGAAAAAAUAGUAUAACUAAUCCCAAUUUAUUUUAACUCUAAUGCCUCCAAUGUAAAUGAAAUUCCAAAUCAAAAUAU